AUGCCUCCUUCAAAUCUCUCUCUCCUAUUAACACUUCUAUUACUUAUCUCCACCGACGCCAUUUCCACCACCGCCGCCGCCGCCGCACCUCUUUACUUCAAAGAAGCACCCAAAUUCUACAACUCACACAAUUGUCUUCCCGCCGAUGAUAUCUGCUCCGCUAAUGCAGUUCAUGUCGCCAUGACUCUUGAUGCUGCUUACCUCCGGGGAUCCAUGGCUGCCAUUCUUUCCGUCCUUCAACACUCUUCUUGCCCGGAAAACAUUCGCUUCCAUUUCGUCGCCUCCGCCUCCGCAUACACCGACAACAUCCAGCUCACACUCGCCACAUCCUUCCCAUACCUCCGUUUCAACGUCUACAGAUUCGACGACCCCGCUGUUUUAGGACUCAUCUCAACCUCCAUUCGCUCCGCCCUCGACUGCCCUUUAAACUACGCUCGUAACUACCUCGCCGACCUCCUCCCCGCCUGCGUCAACAAAGUCGUCUACCUCGACUCCGACCUGGUACUCGUCGACGACAUUGCAAAACUCGCCGCCACACCCUUCGGAGACGAAACUGAUCGCAAAGUCCUCGCCGCACCGGAAUAUUGCAACGCCAACUUCACAUCCUACUUCACGCCGACGUUCUGGUCAAACCCUUCUCUCUCCGCCACAUUCUCCGACCGAAAAGCAUGUUACUUCAACACCGGAGUCAUGGUGAUCGAUCUUGCAAGGUGGCGCGAGGGAGAUUACACCACGAAGAUUAUAGAAUGGAUGGAAUUACAGAAAAGAAUAAGGAUAUACGAACUGGGAUCACUGCCUCCUUUCCUACUUGUUUUCGCCGGAAAGAUAGCUCCGGUGGAUCACCGAUGGAACCAACAUGGAUUAGGUGGUGAUAAUUUUCAAGGUCUUUGCCGUGAUUUACAUCCGGGGCCGGUGAGUUUACUGCAUUGGAGUGGGAAAGGGAAGCCAUGGGUUAGACUAGAUGGGAAUAGAGCUUGUCCUUUGGAUACACUUUGGGCACCUUACGAUCUUUUACAAACUUCAAAUGUUCUUGAAUCUUGA